AUGGGUCUGGGCGAGCAGAGCCCAAUCUGGCUCACGUCAGAGCCGGCCAUGGUGUCUCGCAACUGCACCGGGGGCGAGCUGUGUGCAGAGCUGGCCAGGAUGUACAAGAACGAAGGGAACGCGUACUUCGGGGAGAGGGACUACGGGAGAGCCGUGGUCGCCUACACCGAGGGGCUGAAGAAGAAGUGCGAGGACCCGGAGCUGAACGCCGUCCUGCUCGCCAACCGAGCGGCCGCACAGUUUCACCUGGGUAACUACCGCUCCGCUCUCAAUGAUGCCGUCCAAGCGAAAAAGCUGAAGCCCACCCACCUCAAAGCAAUCGUAAGAGGAGCUCUCUGUCACAUGGAGCUAAAGAAUUUCUCUGAAGCAAUAACAUGGUGUGAGGAGGGCUUGCAAAUAGAUUCCAAAGAGAAAAAGCUUGUGGAAACGAGAGUCAAAGCGGACAGAUUAAAGCGAGCUGAGGAGCGGGAUGCCAGGAAAGCAAAGGUGAUGGAGAGGAGAGAACAGUGUCGGAAGGAAACUCUGCUUGCAGCGAUAAAGGAGAGAAAUAUCAAGCUGGUUCUUGAGCCUUCAAAUGAAGAAGAGGAAAUAUCAGAUGGCCUGGCUGAGAUAUCCCUGGAUGGGUUCCACCCUGACAACGCUACGGGGGCAAAGGUGCACUUAGAUGCUGAUGGCAACUUGAACUGGCCUGUCCUCUUCCUGUACCCCGAGCACGAGCAGACAGACUUCGUUGCGGCUUUUCAUGAGAACUCCAGGUUUAUUGAUCAUUUAAUGGUGAUGUUUGCUGAGUUGCCUCCCUGGGAUUUGGAAAGAAAAUACCUGCCCAGCAAUCUUGAGCUCUACUUUGAAGAUGAGGAAAGAGCAGAAAUGCACGAGCUGAACCCGGAGCACACGCUGCUACAAGUGCUGCAGCACCAAAGGUAUUUUGUAAAGGCUGGGACUCCAACGGUUUUGGCAUUUGUAAAGCGUUCUCGUUUCUCUAAGAAGUACUUCUCUGGCAAGAAGGUCCAUCGACUGUAA